AUGAAGACCUGGGCCCAUGCACACAGCAUCACUUCCACUCAGCUGCAUCCUCUCGGCUACCCCCAGGCCUCCAAGGUCGGUGCGCCUGAUCAGAAGCAGCAGCAGCCCAACCAGAAGCGCCAGCCGCGCGGCGCCGGCAAGGCGCCCGCAGCGCCGUACGUCGUGGCUCUGCGCCCCGAGGAUGUGCAGAGGAUGCGGGCCGAGGCGCCGAUUCUGACGCCUGAAGAGCUGGCGGCCUUGCGGCGCGAGGCGCAGCAGCGGCGCGAGGAGGGUAUGGCGGCCGCCAAGGCGCGCAAGGAGCGGAUGAUUGCACUGGAGGAGGAGGCGCGCGCCAAGGCACCCCCGCCAGAGAGCGAGGCUGUGCGCGGCGAGGCCGACAGCCAGACUCUGGCAAGGGCAGAGGCGCUGAUAGAGGAGGAGGCGGAUGAGGUCAAGCUGAUGAACCGGAUGGUGCGCUACGCCCAGUGCGUCACGAUCAGAGACAGGCAGAUUGUGGAGAAGCGCCAGGCUGAGCUGGCGGAGCAGGAGGAGCAGCGGCGCAUGGACGCGCAGAUGGAGGUGGAGAGGCUGAGGGCGCUGGAGGCGUAUCAGAACCGCGACAAGCAGCGGCUCGCGGAGCAACAGCGCGGCGCGGCGAUUCUGAAAGAGCAGCUGGCUGAGCGGGAGCGGCAGCGGCGUGCCGCGGAGGAGCUCCGGGACCAGGAGCGGGCCCAGAUGCUGCGGGAGCUCGAGCGCCUCAAGCAGGAGGAGGACAGGGCCGCGGCCGACAAGCGCGCCCGUGCAGCGGCGCUCAUGAGGGAGGUGGCGGAGGCCAAUGAGGACCAGAUCGCGCGCAAGAGGGCGGCCGCGCACCAGGAACUGGAGGAGGAGAUGGCAGUGGCAGAGUACAUACGGCAGAGGGACGCGCGCGAUCAGGCCAUCGCCGCGGAGAAGGAGCGCGCAGCCCAGGAGAAGGAGAUGGAGGUGGCACGGCUGCGGGGCCUGCAGGAGCGGGUGGCGGACCGCCAGAGCGAGGUGGAUGAGAUGAGGGCGCGGCGCUGGCAGGAAGCCAAGGACAGGGAGUGGCGCAAAAAGGAGCGCGCCGCCGCGCAGCGCCAGGCGGCCAUGGUGCGUGACCUGGCAGAGGCGCGUGAGAGCCAAAUGAGGUCCAAGCUGCAGCUGCAGGCUGAUGUGGCCGAGCUGGAGAGGGCCGAGUUUGACCGGGUGUUGACCAUCAACAGGCAGAAGGAGGCCGAACUGGCUGCCCAGGCGGACGCCCAGCACCGCAUCAGUGAGGCGUACAAGCGGGACCUGCAGUCACAGGUGGGGGUGAAACUGUGGCAUUGA